AAGCCUGAUUACCUAAGAGGUAGUAAGCAGGAGGUCUGCUUUUGUCUGAUUAAGCUCUCUGUCUGAUAGUGUGAGCUGCUGAUGGAAUCCAGUUGCUGUAGGCAUGCCGAUGAAAUUCCAGGCUAGCAUGAAAGAAAUUGAUGAAGUAAUCAGAACUGUGCCUGCUGCUCUGGUUUCAUUUGUAAAACAUAACAGAUGGCUUUUGUGUGGCUGACAACUACCCCUUCGCAAGCGCAAGAUUUUUAUUACCCUGGACAUGUUGUAACUCACGACUCCUAACAGAUUCAGAAGCCCCAGCCUCAGAGCAGUGCUGCCAGCGAGCAGCUGUAGCACUGCAGAGGGACGGAGCUGGGAUCCUCCACCAUAAGCAAGGCAGAGCUCGUGCCUCUGUCUGGGGACAGCAGUUGCCUGACGGCCGGGUGGUUCAAUCUGCGAUCUGCUGAGCACCUGUGCCCCACAUGCAGGCACUUGGUGUGGGACCGAGCCCAUGCUGCAGCUGGUGCUACCACAUACUCUGGCACCCCGAUGGAAGGUGGGCUUCCCAUCACGUAACAGGGCGUACUUCUCUUGUGUCCUCAGCAUGUGGCUCCAGUUGAUGAGUGAAAGAAUGUGAAAGCAGGAAGAGGGAAGUCAAGUAAUUAGAGAGCUGCGCUCACAGUGCUUUAAGCUGGUCCUCAGACAUCUCUCAUGUAAUGCAAACUACUAAGAAACCAGCCAGAAGAUCUCAUAGUAUUAGUUAUUGUGCUUGCAAAAUGAUUUCCAGAGUCUGGGGUGUUGGGAUCACAUGAUGUGUACGCUUCAUUAUCUUCUAGGUUGGAUUUCUUACAAGCUUUGCUAGACUUAUAAAGAAUAAAUGUCUCUGAACGAAGUAUGUAGAAUACAUAUGGCAGUAUUUGCCCUUGCCUGUGAGAGGCAUGACACAAUACCCUGGAAUGUAUGAGCUGCAAUUUAAGUUGAUUAUUCAUGAUGAAGCUGGAGGGGGCCAGCGUGAUUAUCCAACGUGACCUCCUGCGUAACUCAAACCACCAGACUUCUCUGAAUGACCUCCCACUUGAGCCAAAGCAUGCCAACGGGGAAAGUACCUAGAGCAAUUUACAACUCCUGUGGGGCAGGAGGGGAGGGGGAACUAACACUCUCUAAACGGUUCCAAAGUCUAAUCGCGCUUGCUGUUUGAAAACGUAUGCCUUACUUCUAAUCAGCCCUCGUGAACGCUUGGUUUAUAGUUGCAGGACUUCAUGCAGUCACAGAUAAGACAGCCUUUUAUAAUUGCGUGUUCCUUCCUCCUUACAGACACAGUUUUAUUUUCUCUUUGUAAGGCCGGGCAGGUUGUGCUCACUGGAUUUUUUUUGAUGAGGUCGUUCUUCUGCCUGUAGAACUUCUCAGGGGCUUUUCCAUCCUCGUUUACCGACACCCGCCCUCUGCCACAUGCAGUGACCCGCAGAAGCAGCCCCAGCGGCGCGCACACGGGUAGCUCAGCACCGCGCCAGCACCCGCACUGACCCCAAUCCUGCUCUGGGCCAAAGUGGUUUUGGGGCCGUGGUGGCAGGGGGUGGGCAUCAGCGCUUCGUGUGCGCGGGGUCAGCGCUUGACGUGGCUGUUUGUUGUGCGUAUAUUUAUUUAUGUGUCUGUGUGUUUAUUUGCCCGCGGGGCUGGGACCACCGCCGUGACAGACAAGGCGCGGCCCUCCCCUGCGCUAGGGGGCACGGCCGCCAUCUUCCCGCCCCGCCGGCCGGGCCUCCGUUCUCGCGAGGGCGCGGCCGCCGCGGCUCUCGCGGGAGCCUGGCUCUCGUAAAGUCUCGCGCGAGCGGCGGCCGGCCUUUCCGCGGGCGGGCCGGCACGAUGGCGGUGGGCAAGAACAAGCGGCUCACCAAGGGCGGCAAGAAGGGCGCCAAGAAGAAAGUGGUGGAUCCUUUCUCCAAAAAGGACUGGUACGAUGUCAAGGCACCAGCGAUGUUUAAUAUCAGAAACAUCGGGAAGACGCUUGUCACCAGGACUCAAGGAACUAAAAUUGCCUCUGAUGGACUGAAGGGUCGUGUAUUUGAAGUGAGUCUGGCUGAUCUGCAGAACGACGAGGUCGCCUUCCGUAAAUUUAAACUGAUAACUGAGGACGUGCAGGGCAAAAAUUGUCUGACCAACUUCCAUGGAAUGGACCUCACCCGGGAUAAAAUGUGUUCCAUGGUCAAAAAAUGGCAGACAAUGAUCGAAGCCCAUGUUGACGUCAAAACUACCGAUGGUUACCUGCUGCGCCUCUUCUGCGUGGGUUUUACGAAGAAGCGCAAUAACCAAAUCCGCAAGACCUCUUACGCCCAGCACCAGCAGGUCCGGCAGAUUCGCAAGAAGAUGAUGGAAAUCAUGACCCGAGAGGUCCAAACCAACGACCUGAAAGAAGUUGUCAACAAGCUGAUCCCAGACAGCAUUGGCAAAGACAUAGAGAAGGCGUGCCAGUCCAUCUACCCUCUUCACGAUGUCUAUGUCCGCAAAGUCAAGAUGCUGAAGAAGCCCAAGUUCGAAUUGGGCAAGCUGAUGGAACUGCAUGGUGAAGGCGGUGGUGCUGGAAAGCCUUCUGGGGAUGAGGCAGGUGCUAAAGUAGAACGAGCUGAUGGAUAUGAGCCGCCUGUGCAAGAGUCCGUCUAAAACUACAAAUUGACCAAAAAUAAAAGUUUUAUUAUACGGAA